AUGACGCGCAAAGCUCCGACGUACGGCGACAUUGCUGAUGCCGUCUUGCCCUCCGUCGUGUUCACCGUCGAUACUCUGAACAAACUAGCCCAGGAUGUCGACACAUACGUGCGACUAGCACCCAGCGAUCGCCCCGCUUUCUUUCGCGAGCAAAUGGGGAGCAUCUGGCCUGAAUCCUUGGAUUGGUCGCAUCGCCCGCAAACACCAGAAUUCAAAAAUCAGUGGUCGGCGUUGAGGCGAUACUACAAGGAGCAGGGCCGCAUCCGGGGUCCGCCAGCUUUGCCCGAGAAGCUGAGCACGCGCAAAUGGACCGGCCUGCGCGUUUGCGGCAUAGUCUAUCGCGAUUCCAUAGACGAGAUGGUUUUCUUGGGCACCGGGAUGCGCCCUGGUGAUCCUCGCGGGUAUAUCGGUCACCGGAUUAAGUGCCGUACUGUUUUCUAUUGGAAAUUACCGUCCGGUGAGAGGCUCCAGUUGACGGAGAUGGCCAACGAAUGGCAAUCCGGGGCAGCUCCCGCAGAGCAGAAGAUGGAAGCCUACUAUCGGCGGUUUCAAACGUGGAUCCGGAACGUCCACAUAACAGCCCUACGCGAAUUUGGACAGCAUCUGGUCACCAUGGCGAUACCAGAGCCCGGAUUGACGAAUCCGCCUCGUCUCCACGAGUUCAUGCACGAGUUGAGGAUUCUUGAGAAGCCGUUGGUGAAGACGAUACCCAUAGGCGACACCCUCGCGGACAUCUAUCGGGAGGUCAACCACGCAGCUGGGCGUAUUGAAGGCGCAGCCUUACCGACGAUUCUCAACAAAAAGUCCAGACUCAAACGCAAAACCACUUGGACCGUGGAUGACGCCAGCUUUGUUGGACGCGACGAGUUAGUCCUCAGCGAAGAUGAAUAUGAGGAGGAACUUUUUUUCAAAGAAGCGAUCGCAAUGGUGUAUACUAUCGUCAGAAUGGCACACAGCAAUAUUUCCAGCUUUCGAGACCUCGAUCCACCUUGGGCAUCUUUUCAUCAGUUAGUGGACAGCAGGUACCUGCUUCCUGACGUACCUAUGAGUAUUCCGACAGCACUUCGCCAGCCAAACUGCUUCAAAUAUCUUAAACACUGGUUCACCGUGACGAAGGGUCUGAAGUUUAAUCAGUGGCAACGAAAGAACAGCUUGCCCAUGGACCCGGUUCCUUUGGCUGAACGUUGGUGGGCCCACGCUGUCCCUCGCCAUUUACUGUCCACGGGAAACAUUCCGCCUGGUGCUCUGGCGGCGGUCGAUUACGUGCCAAAGGCCGUAGAACCGUUGGAGAAAGCCGGUCUGGGUAUCGAUGCGUCGCCGUUUGGUAGCCAGGGAGGGCACACCGUACACGAGGAGACUAUGAGAGAACAGGACAUCUUAGAAGUCUUGGAUAUCCCGACGGUGCCUGACCCAGAUGACUUGCUGCCUGUCUCCCCGUUGACGCAACAUGCGGGUCUACGGUCAAUUGAGGACGAUAUCCCGCCAUACCUCGUUCCGAUUAAUGGCGAGGCUCGAGGCCAAUGGAGCCUAUCGCAGCUCCGAAAUCAUUGCGAAGGCUUGUCUCCGCGCUCGAUGCGUUCAUUCAUAGCCGCUGUCAAACAAUUGGUAGAAUUGCCGGUGAGUCCAUGGGCGUACGGCCGGCUUAUCGCGCUUUCUAAGCCUAAACAGAUGAUUCCGAACUGCUCAUAUCCCCUCAAGGCUGCAGGGAAGCGCACGAGAUUACCGGACGAUCUCCGAUGGACAAUGUGCACGGCGGAGCCUACAUCUGGAGAUGUGGUGCGUUGGAUAUCGUUCUUGCAAGGUUCACCGUGGAGGCUUGCGCAGGGCGGGUCGGAGGUGUUCUCUGGGAUGGAGAUGGUCUGGACGUUCGUACUAGGCUGGGUGCUGUACUUGAGAGGCUACGCCGCGGCAGGGGGUUCGUCCGUAGGAGACCAAGGUGUUGGGAACUUUGCUGUCGGCGCUGCGACGUUUGCCAGGAUAUUCUCCGAUUUUCACCAGGCCCUGUGUCACUACGCUGAGCAGUACCAGUUUCCGGGUUGGGCUCCUUGCGUGAAGUAUGCGCUCGUGAACUCGAGGACUCAUUAUCUGGCGUACGUCAUGCGGAACGAGGAGCAAGACGUCCUCCUGCCUCUCUUGAGGUUGGAGCCUGGCCCGCUCGAGGCGCCGUUCGUGAACAUCCCGCACUCAUCUGAUCGAAACGCGCCUUCAUGGAUCACCGAGCGCAACGGGGUCCCAUCGUGGCAGUGGCAGCGUUGCGGAUUGCCGCCGUCCGCGCACCAGCUUCCUCACCUUGCCGCCGUCAUUCUUGAAUGGCUUCAUCGACCGGAUCUUCUCGUGGACGUUUCGGCGGGCAAGGCGCGCUCAAGAGAGACCGGUUUGGCCAUCAUGCUGAAGGUCGCGCUCAUCUUCGCAGAUGUCGAGAACCUGCAAGACGAAAACUGGAGUUACGCAGGCGCCGCGUCCCUUUGCGAUUCUACACUUCGGCCAUACGUCGAACAGGUGAAGACCGCCAUCGCAGAAUGGGCAAAUGAUGCGGCAGUGGGGCUAGAAGCGCAUCUGCCUGAGCAUGACGAGUCAGAGGUGUUGGGAGCUGCGGCGGCAGAGGCGGACUCGCCCGAGCGAGACUCACCUGCGUCAAACGGCGGCGACCAUGGCGGGGCAGUUGGCUCGCAGCGUCGAAGAAGAUGCCAUACAGAGGAUACGCCGCAGGACUUGGACCCUCAAUUCCUCGCUGUGGACAUGGACGACAUCAGUUUGCCUCACACUGUGCAGGACUAUCGUCGAACGCUAGAGGACGAGCCGAGAACUGCCGUGCAGGAGUUGACUCGCAAAAGCUUGCAGGGCCUGGCGGCCUUGGAAGAGAGGAAACGGGCGAACCGCGCAAUCCGGGCUGGAGGAGUAGGCGGCGAACAGUCUGUCCGAAAGAAGACGGGAAGAGCACCGGCACCGCAAGUUACCUCAGGCGCAUGGUUGCCAAUGCCGCCGGCGGGGACCUCCCAGGCUGACUCUGAUGGGGAAGAUCUUCGGCCUGCCGCAAAAAGACGCAAGGCGAUGGUAGUAAGAAAACCGGCGGCGUCGAAGUCCUCGAAUGCCGCGUCCACGGCGCGGGCUGGCCGAAAAAGCCGCGGUGGGGCGAGUCGCAAGCGCGGCAAUGGGGGCGGCCGCCAGAAGAAGCGACGGUCGGUGACGCCGGAGCCGCAGUCAACCUCAGACAGCGCGGCAUUCGAGAUUCCUGUAGAAUUCGACGACGGCGAUGACAGCGACGUGCUUCCCACGCGCAUCAGCCGGCCGAGGAGCUCCCAAUUCAACCAGCUUGUAGAGCCCGUCACCUUCGACGUCGACGGCGGCUCCAGUAGCGCUUGGGACUUGGAUAGCGACGCCAUGGGCUCGGCGAUUUCGAUUCGACCCAUGCCCCAGCGGCGCUUGACAUACAUUGAGCCGCGACAGGCCCUCUUCAAAGCCGCAGCCGGACGGCCCGCCAGGCAGCAAGGAAAGGCGCCUGACGCGCCCGCAAUAUCUUCCGCAUCUCGAGGAAGCCGCUCGACGCUGAAGCGCAAGAGGUCGUCGACCACAGGGGUUUCCCGCGAUGAUACUACGGCCACGGCGGGAACUACGCAAGGGAUCCGACGAAGCGGGCGUUUGAAUGUUGCGAGAUGA